UUUUAAUUUUAUAUAUAUUAGACAUUAGUGAUGGCAUUCAAUUCUUUAACGUCGAAAAAAGAAGAAUACUUUGAUGCCCCAUUUGAAUAUAGGCCCAGUCGCUGGUUAAGAGAUUCUAAUGUUAAGAAAUUUGAUCCUUACGCUUCGUUACCUUUUGGACAUGGACCCAGAAUGUGCCCUGGCCGUCAUAUUGCCAUGCAAGAAAUGACAAUACUGUUAUCAGAGGUAUGGUUUUACUUGAUAUAUUAUAUUAUAAUGUACUUGUAGCCAAACUAAUUUUUAAAAUAAUACAGACUCAUUCUUUGGUUUUCAGAUAUUUAAGAAUUUUAAAAUCAGUAAACCUACUCAACAAGUUAAACAUAUCGGCAUGAUCUAUCGUAUGAAUAGAAUACCAGAUAACCGUAUAGAUCUAAUAUUUAAAACCAGAUAAUAAAUACAAUUUUUAUAUGUAAAACAUUGUUUAUAUAUAUAUAUUUUUUUUUUCAUUUUUUUUUCAUUUUAUCUAAACAAUUUUCAACUUUUGUGAAAUAAAAAUGUAUCACUAAAAUAUAUAAAGCACGGUGCUACUAAAUGGUAUAAUAUAUAUAUUUAUAUUUUAUCUUAUGUUCAAAUAUAAUUACAUAAUGUAUGUCUAUAUUUUUUGAUAUUAUAUAAUGAAAAUAAGAUAUUUUUUUUUUUUUUAAUAUAUAGACAACAUUAUUUACAAAAAAUAUACAAUACCCACAUAAUAAUAAUAAUAUAUCAUUUCACAUUUAAACAUAGUGUUGUACUAAAUAAAUAAUAAUAAUAGUUACAAGACAACAUGUUUAGAUAUGAUAAACAAUUCGUCAUUUAGUGUUUCAUAACAAAUAACAUGACAAAAAAAAAAUCGUACUAACAAAUAAAAAAUAAAUAAUAGUAUUUUUGUUUUACAAUAUUUUUCCUUAUUAGAUUGCACUUAUACAUAUUUCACUGGAGUUUAUUAUUAUUAUUAUUAUAUUUUUUAAUUGUAUAAUAAUAAGGUGACAGAACAGAUGAGAUCAACGCAAGAACGUUAACGAAAUAUAAUAAUAAUAAUAAUAAUAAUAAUCAUAUUAAUUAAAAUGAUGUGAACAAAAUAAUUUAUAAUAAUAAAAUAAUACAUUUUUUAUUUAUUUUUUCUGAAUAUUAAUUCAAUCUUCUAUUAGUAUUCUCCAAUUAACAUUUAAACUUUGAUCUUCCACGUAUGUUAUUUUCAAACAGGACAGUAUAGAGCGAGAUAAUAUUAUUUUAUUCACUUUAAAUAUUUGUGAACAAAAGGAAAUAUUCAAUAACUCACCAGUUAUAUUUUAAAAUUAGUAAAUAUUUUACAUGGGAAAAUGUACAUACUGAUAAUAAUACGAUGUUAAGUCAACCCAAUUAAAUUAGAAUAAAUACAUUUGAUCAUAAAUAUGUUGUCAGAUGGAUAUAUUAAAUUGCUUAUAAUUAAUGGACAAAAACAAAACUUAGAACAAAUCAACAAUCUAAAGGAAUUAAUAGUAUAUAAAAUAAAUAUAUAUAAUAGAAUAAUUAGUUGUUAACAAAUUCAACAAACUACGUUCUUUUUUUUCUUUUUUUUUUACAAUGUUAAAAAUCCAAUUAUAAAUGUAACUAAGUUAAUCAAAUAAAUUAUCCUUUUAUAAUUGCACUUGAAGAAAUGUUAUUGUUCAUAUUUUGUCAAGAAAUAUAAGCAGUGUUUGGUGUGCUUGUGAAUAAUAACAAAUUUAUUUUUUCAAGAUUUAUUUUGAUAGAUUUUUAUGAUGGAAGACCAGAGGUAUUUUUGAUUUUUUAUAAAAAUAAGAGGAGCCAACAAAUAGUUAGAUAAAAUAAAUACUCAAAACAAAACAAAAUCGUCUACUUAUUGGAAAAUGUCAAACAAAACAAAAAAUAAAAAAAUAAAUUAAAUACAAAAAAAAUUGAUUUGUUUUUAAUCAAUUUAAACCUUGUUUUCUUGUUUCACCCCAUUAUAGUACGAUGAAAACAUUGAACUUAGUUAUGAAUGUUUGCUAAAAGAGAUAACAAAUAUAUACCAUUGAAACACUAGAGAACACAUCAUCUAAGUAGCAUUAAUUAAUUAAUUAAUUAAUUAAUUAAUUGAUAAGGGAUUACAUCCAAGGUGGCCUAUUUAUAGGAUCGUGCAUAUUUAAAUACCCUGGUGGUCCAAAACCCGGUAAGGAUUGAUGUAACAUCAUCGGAUGCCUUUGUAAGAAUUGUGAAUAUAUUUCAGAAGGGUUAGGGGGAUUGUACGCUUCUAACGGAGGGGGACCAUAACCCGAAGGAGGUCUUGCAAAAGCAAACGCAGGGUUACGUUCAUCUGGUUGUGCUGCUGCCACUGCAGCUUGAUCUGCAAAGUAGCCUGUUGAUCGCAUUUCAUUCAAAUAAUCCUGAUAACCGUCCUUUAUGCCUUGAUUAAAGUUAAAUGGUCCUGUGGAAAUGGGCGGUUUUACAAGUGGCGGAUAGUGAUGUGGAUACGUAGGAUCUGCACGAGCCUGUUCUACACUCCUAGGAGUUGAUUCUUGAAUGGUUGGCGUUGUAGAUGAUUGUGGUGAUGGUUGUUGUUGUGCAACAGCAGCUUUUUUCUUUUUACUAACUUUUUUGGCUGGCUUAGAUGGUGGCACAGGUUCCAUCAUUAAUGACCUGUUCAUUUCCAUUUUAGAUUUUGUCAUAUCGGCAACUGAUGGAUGAUUUGGAGAAAAAGCUGCUUGGUUAGUUUUCAUCAUAUCUGCCAUAGCAGGAUUAACAUAUGUUGGUUGGUUGGCUUUUAUCAUUUCAGCCAUCGUUGGACUUGAAUAAGUAGGUUGACUAAUAUCCAUUUUAUUAUUUUUCAUAAUUUCUGCCACAGACGGUCCAGGGUAUGUUGUUUGAUUAAAACGAUAGCCACCUAUAUUUCCUGGUAUAAUAUUUGGCAAUGGUCGACCAGUUGUAAAAUCAAUAUUUUGUGAUUUAUUGGGCAUCAUGUCUUGCAUCGGGUGUGGGUACGACUUACUAGAUGGUAGUACAGGAUAAUUGUAGGGACGUAAAUUGAUUUGAUCUGAAUAUUGUUGUUCAUAAGGACUAUUAAAAUUUAGUCUUGGUUGAGUAGUGGUUUGUUUAAAAUUGGGAGGUAUAAAUUGUCCAGAUGUCGUACGACUUGUAUAAUUUAAUGGAGCAGUUGUAAAACCAACGGUGUCUUUAGUUGGAUUUGAAUAAUUCAAAGGAGUAGAAGUAUAUUGAGGUGAUGGUGCUGAUACAAGAGUCGGGUUAGAAGCCGUGUAAUUGAACAAUGAAUUUGGCACAUUUUUCUCAUCACUUUCAGAUCGAUCACGAGCCAUUUGUAAAUAAUUAAGACUAUUCUGGUGGUAAGUCACUGGUACAGGUUGAUGUUCCGCAUUUUGCUGAUAAGGCUGAAUUGGUUGAUCAUUACGUGAAUAACUCAUAGGAUAGUUUAAUUCAGAAUUGAAAUUUGAAUUGGGCAUCUGACCCGGAGCUGGUACAAAUACCCUUUCUUGUUCUUUACUGGCAACAGUCGGAGUAAAUGCCAUUUCUGGGGGUCUCUCGCUUUCGUUAUAUACACGUUUCUUAACUGGGAAUAUAUUUGGAGUUUUAGAAGGUGUAUUGGUCACUUGGGGUUGUUGUUGUUGUGUUUGCUGUUGUUGUGUUUUCUGCUGCUGCUGUUGUUGUUGUGGUUGUUUAUGUUGCUGCUGCUGUUGAGGUUGUUGUGGUUGUUGCUGCUGUUGUUGAGGAUUCAAUUCGGUGUAUGUACUUUGAGGUGAAUUUUGAUGUGAUCCAAUGUACUGGGAAUAAACAUUUUGAUUUUGUUGAUAAUCGUCUGCCAAACCAGUUAUUGGCUCUUUGGGACUAUUAACAUUAUUUUGAGGGCUAUAAUAAGGACUAUUACUUGAAUCUUGCGGACUCAAUAUUAAAUGAUGUGGACUCUCCUUUGGGCUAUUAGCAUUGUUAUGCGGACUACAACUAGCAUCAUGGGGACUCCCAAUAAAAUUAUGAUUAGGACUAUCACUAGGCAAGUCACGAGGACUGGUAAAAGUCUGACGCGGGCUUUGUCCGUGGGGGCUUGCCGUCAACACACUAGAAGGAUUCCUCGGGCUGCAGCUGCUACUUUUUUCAGAAUUUGGUCUAGCAAAAGCAUCUUGAUAGAAUCCAACUUUAAUAGGUGCAUGCGGAAUGUUUAAAACGUUUUGAUAGGGCUUUAUUUGCUGCUGUGGAGAAUUUCCAGACUGCGGUGAUAAGUAAUGUUCAUCCAAACUAGGACGAGGAGAGUUCCAAGAGUCAUUUUGAGAUGACUGUUCAGAAACACUACUGCCCGUACUUGACUUUCUUUGUCGUUUAACAGGUAAUUUAUCAGGUGAAACUAAUGGGAUGGAUAUAGUAUUUUCCAUCUUCUUAUUUUCUUGAGAUACAUAUUCUUUUUUUUCUAUUUCUUUUAAAGUAUAAUCACAAGGCACCAUAUCAUUCAUGGCAUAUGCAGUGUACAUUGGAGAUGUUUCUAUAGAUUCUUGUUUACGCUUAGGAGUAGGUUGUGUCUUUGGGGCCCCAAACGCUUUAAACCACGCACUAAGAUUAGGAGUUGCUUUUUCAGGCUUAUCUUCUGGUAAUUCUUUAUUAAUAUCUUCUUUUUUAAUUAUAUUUACACAAUCAUUAGGAGGACUUUUUUCAGAUUCUUCCUCAGUUUUUUCUAGUUCUUGGUCUUCAUUUGAUCUUUUUGAAGAAAAACCCAUAAGAUCAGUAUUUAAUACUGUGCCUAAACUAAGAGUUGGCGCCAUCUCUGAAUCAGCUUUAAUUAAUUUUUGUUUUGCAAGGGAUUGGUUAUCAUCUAGUUUGUUUGAAAUUAGAUUGCCUUUACUUUUACCAGGUUGUAGACGGUCAAUGGUUCUUUGAACUUCUCUUUUUCGUUUUACAGGUAAUACAAUAGAUUCCUUUGCGGGUCUCUUUUUUUCCUGUAGUAAUAAAUAUUUAUUAAAUCCAGCUAAUAUAAAUUUAAACUAAAAAAAAAAAUUAUCAUACUUAUACUAAAAAAUAAAUAUAAUUAUGACUGAACCAUAUAGCCUAGAAUAUUAUAAUUAGGUGUGUAUUAAUGUGUAUUUACAAUUGGUUUUAAUUUUUAAAAAAAAAGCAUUGCUAAAGUGUGUGCUAUCAUAUUAUAGAUGGGAUAUAGAAAGGUAGGAUACAUAAUGUUAUUUAAUUUAUAUCUGUACGUAACAAUAAUUACUGAAGAAACACAAUUUUGAACAAAGUUAUGAUAAACAUGUUUAGACAUAUCAGAAUUUUUAAAAUUUUCAUAAAAAUUCAAACUUAAAUAUAAGCUUUAAAAAAAAAAAAAAAAAACAAAAAAAUAACUAAAACAAACAAAAUAUGGUAUUUUAUUAUAGAUUCCUAAUUGAAAAUCAAAAUAGUUAGUGGUUUAUACCCUAGAGUGACAAAGAAAUAAUGGUAAUGCAACAUUUUAGAGCUGCUUGUUUCUUAAAUAUUUUAAAAAACAAAUUAUGUAUUACCGAACUGCGCUCGGAAUCGUCUUUCGUCAUCAAUGAUUUAUUGUUGCUUACAGAUAUAAAUGAAAUAUCCUUAUGUAUCCUACAUUUCCAAAUUCUCAUCAACAACAGUGGCCACUCCCGUCCUUAAUAUCAACUCGUUUUUUAUUAUUUCUAUUAUUUACUUUAAAAAUGUUCAUAAAAAACGACUAUAUUUGCUAAACGGUUUUAUUUAUCACUAAAAAAAACUUAUGAUAAACCUCCAGUAAGAUUACAUCUCUCAAGGUCAAAAUAUGCACUCAUGUGCAAAAAAAAUAUUUUUAAUAGAUUUUACAUGGUAUGAAAUGCAAACAUUUCUUACUCUUAUUAUCAAACAGCAUCUUUUGAUAAAAAUAUGUUUUUACACAAAAAUAAUCUAGACUCUAUUAUCAGGUCCAAUUGACUAGUACUUUAAAUUGAAAUUGUAAAAACACACAACUAAUUAUAAUACUACAGGCAAACCAAGGUUUUACUCAUGUUCAAUUAUUUUACAAGUAUAAAUUGUUUUAUUAUAAUACAAAUGUAUGAAUAUAAAUAGCAUACUUUAAAAGGUAAACGUGGUUUAUCAAGUUUAUGAGCUUGACGAUACUCUGCAUCCAAGCGAGAUGUAACUUCAGCGUCAUCAAGAACUGAACCAGCUAAUGUGGCCAUUGGUGAAUUACUUGCUGAAGAAAAACUAGGCGUGUCAUCUAACCAUUUAUUUAUAUCCUAAAACAAAUUCAAUUACAACUAGAAUUUACAACUUUUCAAAAUUGAUUUUAAUAUUUACCCGUAAGGUCUGCUCAGUUACUUCUUCUAGUGCCUGUACUUCUAUUGCACUAGUAUUUUUUAUCAUGACACUUUUCUUUAACUUAGACAAUUCUUUUGCUGUCUUUUUUUUUGAUUCUAAUUUGGAAUCUAAACUGCAAGAAUCGUCAUCAGUUUGAUUGAUCCCAUUUUCAAAUUUACUACAUUAAAAAAACAUAAUUAUAUAAUAUAAUAAGAAUUAUUUUAUAAGAUAAGUUCAAUGUAUUUACGUAGAGUCUGAACAUUCUCGUAAUUUUUCUUCGUUUUCUUUGUCAGUGUUGUUACAAGAUUCUUUACUACUGAUACUUCUCUGUCGAUUUCUGCUUUUCCUGGACCUCAUAGUUCCAUUUUCGUAUCUCUUGAGAUAUGCCAUUUCAUCAUCAGAUUCUUCAGACAUCUCCCAUUCUACAUAUUUAUGAGCGCCAAUAUUAAACACUCUUUGUAAAUUUCCACACAUGACUGUGUAUUCUAAAAUGUAAACACCAACAUAAAAUCUAAAAAAAAUAGGUUAGUGUUUUAAAUAAUUUACCAUUUGUUGAUCCAUUGUACUGUUUACAAUUAGCAAUAAUCAGUUGAAAAUCAUGUUUGAAUUGGCCAAAUGUUUCAUACAAUCCUUCAUUAAGCUUGUCUUCCAUUUUUUGGAGAUCCAUUGGAGCUUUUACUACCCUGUAGUAACUAGGCGCUAUUUCUUCAUCAACUGGUUCCAGAAAUGGCCAUGCAUCUUCAUGAUCUUUUAAUUUAUUCAAUAUUUUAUACAUGCCUAUUUGUAAAUCCUCAGUACUGGAUUUAAAUCUAAGAAGGAAUACGCAAUAUAAUAAACAGUCAGUUUCAAUUUAAUUCAUAAUAAAAUUAACUUACCCAGCUGUUUUAGUUAAUAUUUUAGACUCAGGUUUAUCUUGUGAAGGUUCAAUUACAAUUUGACCAGUAGCAGAAGCUAAUGAAUUAUUUGUUUGGCGACCAGUCUUCUUAGAACUACUUGAUGAAUAACCAUGACUUUCAGUUUCACUGUCUGAUAUUUCAUGUUCUUUGACUGUUGGUCGUUUGUCUUGUUUUUUUUUUUGUUUUUUGUUUUUUUUAAUUUGUUCUUCAUGAUCUCGGCAUAAAUCUUCAAACUUUUUUCUUUCUUCUUUUUGUUGUUUAAGUUUUUCAAGUCUAGUAGAUUGUCGACGUGGUUGCAUUUCUAACAUACGCUUUCGUUGCAAUCUUUCUUUUUCUUCAAAUAAACGAGGAAUCUCGGGUAAAAAGUCUUCAGUAAUUACUUGAUGUAGUGCUUGAACAUCUCUGUUGGCUGAAUCUUCAGUUUUCAGAGCUAAUCUUUCCCAGUCACUUUCUGUAAAGCAAACCACUUGCCAUUUUCCAGAACCUAAAUCUAAUUCAUCUUCCGAUUCUGAAUACACAAUUGGUUCAUUUUUUUUCUUGCGUCCACGUUUUUUCUUUUUCUAUAUUAAAAUAAUAGAAUAUAUAUAAAUAUAUCAAUUAAAAUUAGUCUAAUAAAUAUUUAAAAAUCAAUUUAAAUGUCUUACUUUUUUGCUAUGAACUACUUUUUCAUAGUCUUCUCUAUACAAUCGGGUACCAUAAAAGUACCAAUAAGCUGAUUUGUUUUCAUCAUACCCUAGAGGAUGCACUCUCAAGCUAUCCGAGUCAAGAUUCUUAAGCGAUUCCAUGACAUCAUCUGCAUCCAAUCUGAAAUCGCAUAAUGCAUGUAGUAUUUCCACUUUUGUUCGAAGUGGCAAGAACUGAAAGUCGAUAUCAGAAUUGAAUGGGUUCUGAAAACUAUACUCCUAAAUAAAAUAAAUAAAUAAAUAAAUAUUAUUAACAUUAAUAUAAAUAAGGAUUUUAAUUAUUACAUUAUUAUAUACAAACCUUGCAUUUCUCUCUAAAUAAUCUACGCAAAAACAUUUGAUAAUUGAAAGUGGAUAUGCUGUUGUUGCCAAAGCAGCCAGAUAAUAAUCUGGCGAUAAGCUCCUGUAGUAAAGAGUUGCCAUUGUCUUCAGUUCCAUCUGUCAGUAAAGCGGCUUCUAAAUCCUGAAAAAUUAUUUUUAAAUUACCUAACAUAUAAAACAAAAAUAUAGAUGAUUACUUACUUCAAUAUCAAAGUCGAGAAGAUCAAAAGACACCCGGAACAAAGAACAGAAGUGAGCAAUACUUGGAACUUCCCACCAUGAAUGAAUAUCUAAAAGCAAAGAUAGUUUUAUGUUAAGCACACACUAACAACAAUUAUAGUGAAUUAGGUGACUAUAUUAUGCAAUACAUACACAUUCAAUUUUAAGUGGACAUUUACAUAUAUUAUGUGUGUAUAAACUUAACUUAACUUAACUUAAAUUAGAUUUGGAUGAGAAAUAUAAUAAUUAAUUUUUUUUUUUUAACAUGAUCUUGAAUGAAUAUAUAUAUAUAUACCUACUUAAUACAUGAAGUAGUUUUUUAACAAAUUUUUUUUUAGAAUAUAAGGCAAAUAGAAUAGCAAAUAUAUAAUUAUAGAUAAAUUUACAUUUGUUUAUUCAAUCCUCAUCAAUAGGUCAUAAUUUAUCUCCAAACAAUAUUAUUUAGUUUAAAACCUAAACAAAUGCAAAUAAACCUAUAACAACUUACACCUAGACCUAUACUAUUUAAAUAUUAAAACAAAUAUUCUGAACAUUGAACAUUUGUAUGUGUAUCAAUUUAAAAUAACUUAGAUUUUUAAAAUUUUAAUAUUAAAUUUAAGUCAAUUAAAGUUUUUAAGUUAAAAUAAUAUGAUAUAACUUAUAGUUUUCUAAAUAAAUAAAUGAAUAUGCAGAAUAAUAAAUACAUAUAAUAAUUGUCAUUAUUUUUUGUAUGAAACUGUUUAAUAUAUAUUACAAAAUAAAUGAAACUCAUCAAAAAAAUAAAAACAAAUACUUACAAUUAAUAAACAAUUUUUAAAAAGACAAUUAACUCUCUCUAUAUAUAAGAGAGAAACUACCUAUUAUUAUAAAAUAUAAUCGUCAACUGAUCAAAACAAGUGUUAGAUUAGGUAAAGCAGCAAACCAAUGCUAAAAAUUCUAGACCUAACCAUAAUAAUACAUAAUAUCUAUCUAAUAUAAAACGCCUUCAAAUAUAUUUAAACCAACAUGUUACUAACUUAAUAAAUGUAGAAAAAAAAAUAAAUCUUUGGGUACAAUAAUAAUAUAAUAAUCAAUACUUUAAACAAAUAUAAAACAAUGCAUUUUAAGUAGAUUAUAUUAUAACUUCACAUGAGGGAGUGUACGCCAUUAAUAGUUUAAAAAAUAUAGAUACCUUAGAAAACAUUGUUUUUUUUUUAAAAAAAAAAAAAGACCAAAUUAGUGACGUUUCUAAAUAACUUCCCAGUUAAAAUAAACAAUAAAAUUACAAACAUCAAAAAUAAAAAAUGUAAUUGUUAAAUAUAAUUAAACAAAAUUGUAUAGGUGUAUUAUACCUACCUAGUAAAUAGAAGCCUAUUUAAAUAAAUAAUAUACAUAUGUAUAUGAUGUUAAAAAAAAACGUAUAACAUGUUAAUGUACAUCAAUUAUUUAUUAUUCACCAGUAGGAUACAAUUAUUAUUAUUUGUAUAAACAUUGUUAAUUUUUUAAGGAAAUCGUGAUCAAUUUUUUUUAUAAAAAAAAUAACAUAAUACUAUUUAUUGAGAAAAUUAUUAGUAUUUUUAUUAUAUUUGUAACAGAACUUAAGAAAAGAUAUUAAAAAAAAAGUACUAAAAAAUAAUAAUAAAUAAAAUUGUCCGGGAGAAUAAUAUAUAACAAAAGUGAUUUUAUCAACUCGUUUUUAAACUCGAGCUCUGCCAAUUGUUGUAUAAAUUACAGGUUUAAAAUGUAAUAAAUAAUGCAUAAAGUGCUAUCGAAAUAUGUAUUUUAUUUUCGCAUGGCAUUCAACGUUAAAUAAUAAGCAAUUCUCAAAUAUAAUAUACUUUUUAGAAAAACCGAAUUAAAUUAAAAAAUAAUACAUUUAUGGCGUUUAAAAAAUAGCAAAACGUAGAGUUUGUUACGCGAAAAAAUUAUAUUGCGCUUAAAAAUAAUACCAUAUCGAUCGCUAUAAUAUAGUAAACCGAGUACCGAGUAUAUAGUUUUAAACAUUAAUUAACAACAGACAUUAAUGUAUGUUAUGCAAGUGAAUAAACGAGACGACAAAAUUGGGUUAACAAAUCAAAAUCGUAGAAACAAAAAAAAAAGAAAUCAAAGCAAAUUAAUGAGUAUAUGAUUUUAACACGAUUUACAUUGUUUAAUCAUAUUAAUUUGAUAAUAGAUAGAUAGAUAGAUAGAUAGAUAGGUAAGUUAAAUUAUUUUAAAAAACGAAAAUCCAAUAAUUAAAGUGAAAACGAUAUUUUUAUUAACAGGCUACUCGGGGGAUACGAUUGCCUAUAUAAUAAUAUGACACAAUGAUCGCGAAUAUAAGACCUUGGAUCGAAGAAUACGAGGAGAAGGGAUGCCAAUAACACAUUAUUAUUAUUAUUUUUUCAUUGUUACGCGAUGAAGGUCUUGUUAAAAACCCAAUUUAAGACUAACGGAGAACGAUUUAAAAUCACUUACAAAAAAAAUAUAAUAAUAAUAAUGAUAAAUUAUGGGUAACCAGCGUUUGAAUCCGAAAGUCGAGGAAACGAUAUUAAAUGAACUUUACAGCCGGGGAAAUUACAAUAUUCAAACAAAACAAUUUUGUAUAAAUAGCUUCACGAGUUUAAUACAACCGAAUAGUGAUAGCACCGAAAAGCUUUUUAUUUCGGUUUUUGAUCGCAACAUGACGUAGCGUCGUUUGUCAGAUAAGCGCCAUAAAAACUACUAAUUUUUUGUUCCCGCGUUUCUAUUAAUAUCAGGACUAAAAUAUUAAAACUGUAUUAUUAAAAUUUAAAAAAAAAAAAUAUUCUUUUAAUGCGAAACAUUCAACUGUAUAAAUAAAACACGAUACUUAAUUAUUUUCUUUUUGAAAAUGUGUCCGCUCUUGAAAACUUAAAAUGCGCCGAACUUUCAAAUGUGUUCGUUUUUCCUAUUGACCUUUUGGAUCCAAUUUUGUAUUUCUUUUGCUAACGAAUUGGACGGACUUUAUUAUUGCGAUUGAUAAAUGCAAAUAAAACACAUAAAACUAUAAUAUGUAAGUAUAACUACAGGUGUAAAAUAGUUGUAAUAUAGUAGUGUUUAAAAUUGUUUAAAACGUGUUUUAUUUAUAUAAUCAAAUUAUAUAAAGCUUAAGUUAUUAGACUAGACGAUCGCCGGUAUAAAAAUCCACGUAGAUAACAAAGUUAAGUGCUAAAAUUUAUUUUGAUGAACUAAUUGUUUUGAGUAAUAACUAUAAUUAAUAGAUGAGUAGUUAAUAAUAAAAAAAAAAACAACUGGACUUAUAAUUUUUAUAUUAACAACAUAAAACUGAUUUAAAUAAAUUACCAUUUAUGAACUGAAAACGCCGAGGAAAUAAAACCAAAACUUUUAAAAUUAAUAUUUAUCACAUCUCAAACGCGAUCUAAAAAACAAUCCGGUUUUCAACUUUAAGCCGCACGCAAUUAACCGCGAAAAUUGUAUUGACUUAACCUAUCUAUUAUCAAUUAUUGUUAAAUCAACAACACAAAUACAUUUAGUGCAUAUUAAAACUGCAGUAUAUUCAAAGUUAAACUUUAAAGUAUAAUUAGGUAGUACGUAUUUAUAGAAAAUAAUAAAAAUUACACAUUUUGUAAUUGAAUACAAUACAAAUUAAAAACGUUACUACCUACGGAUAUAAAGAAAAUUGUUUUCGAGUAGAUGUCAAUUGUCGAUGUUUCAUUACGAAUAAUUUUUUUUAAAACCACAAAAGACCUUGGGUAAUAUUUUGAAAUUAACAUUGAGAAGACUCAUAUUAUUAUCAUUUUAUCUAUUAAUAUAUUGUAUACAUAUUAUAUAAGUAAUUAAAGAUUAUUGAAAAUUUAAUAUAUACAUGGCCAUUCAUAGCUACCACCAUAAUAAUAGAACCUUCUUAUACUUAACAAAUCGAAAUGUUUGCUUUUACUGAAUUAUGUGUCAAGUUAAGGGGAUUGGAAUCGGUGAUUUUCUGUCUUGGUCUUACACGCGUGCACCAUAGGAAUUUAGACGUUACAUUAUUCUAACGUGCCGAUUGGUCUAGCGAUAAGCGACAAGCAUUCUAAACACAGAUUUUAAUUUGUAGUCAACAGAGUUCGACUUUCCCACUUUUUUGAUUUUAAUUUCUCCAAACUUUUUCCAUUUAAAAUUCGGAGAGCAGCGAGGGAUAGCACUUUUUCUGGAAAUUUAGGAAAUUCUAUCUGGUUGGUGCAUUAACGUGGUAAUUUUUAUUAGUUUUCCAAGGGUUUUUCAAAAAAAAAAAUUCAAAACAAAUUUAUAAGUAAAUUGAGAAAUAUUAACGCGGCGUUACCGAUUUCGUUGUUUUAAAUUUUUGUAAACUAUGUUUUCGAUAGAAAUAUUGCUCCAAUAGAAAAAAAAAACAACAGACCUUUUUGGUUGCGUUUUUAAUCUAGUCGGUGAGUAAGAAAGUCGUUUCUUGAUUUUUCCUGCAAAUCUUUCGAUAAUUAAGUAAAAUCGAAAAAAAAAUGUUGAAAAAACGGGACAAUUGACGAAAAUAAUGUGUUUAUUAUUUUCAAUUGUGUUGUAAUUCAAUAAAUUUUCGUAGAAACUUGAAAUGUUCACAGAAAACUAAUAUUUGUCUUUUCUAGAGAUGAUAGAAUUUAUAAAACAUUUGAGCCAUUUUCGGGCUAUUAUAAACAUUUUAAUUUUGCAAGUUUUUUUUUUAUAUUUGGUAGGUACUCUGUGGAUAAAAUUGUUUUACCGAACAGAAAUGCUUGAAAAUUGAACAGGAGGUUCAUUAUAAAUUGUACUUAAUGGUCAAAAAAAAAGUUGAGUGUAUUUUUGUAUAUUUCUUUUACAAGUUAAUAUGUGAUAUUUCUUGAUUGGAGUUCAUUGUUUUUAUGUAUGCACACUGAUAACUAAACAUAUUUUGAAAUAAAAAAAUUAAAGAACACCCUCUAGUAGAUAUAUUUAAAAAAAAAAAACAAAAACCAACUGUUAAGUGAAAUUUGAGUCUACGUUCCUCAGUUUUCAUUAUAACACAUAAUAAAUUUUAAUUGACCAGUACGCAAUAGUAUUUAUAUUAUAAUAUACUACGAUACCUAUUUAAUAGUUUUUGCCUCCAAUUAAAAUAUAAUUUAUACGAUUUAUUUAAAUUCCAUAGUAAAACAAUAAUAAUAAGUAUACUAUUACUAUACCUAUAUUAUUGUUAUGCAAAAUGCACUUCACGUAAAUUAUUAAUUUAUUAAAUCUCCGUGUAGCUGUUGAACUGUCGUAAAAUAAAAUAAUCGAAUUAUCGAUAAAUAUCGAGAAGUGACCUCAUAAAUGAAAAAUAAUCGAUUUUACAUUGUUGUUACAGUCUUUAUGGUACCUAAUCAUAAAUGAAAUGAAAUGAACGUUAAGUAACUAUGUCGUUAUGGUUUUAUCUCGAAAUAGUUAAAAUAAAUAAUAAUAGGUGCCAUGGGAAAUGGAUUUUACUAUUAAGCUAAAAUAAUAUAUUAUAAUAGAGUUCGUCGCAAGACCCGUGCGCUGGUGUAGGUAUGGUAGAGGCGUUAAUCCCCUCCCCCCCCCUAUUUUGAAAUUAAUACGGGAGUCCGAUUCUUUUUUCAACGCCCAAUUCACUCCUUUUACAAAUAAUUGACAGUCUGAACACUCAAUCUCUCUCCCACCCCCAAACAUAAAUGUAAUCUAUACCUACACGCCUCCGAAUGUACAUAACGCGAUAACAAUAUGUCAACGAUAAAAUAAUGUUGGUAAUACGUUUUUAUUGCGGGUAAUUAACAGUGUAAUAGGCGAUUGAAAUAAUAUAAUGUGUUAUCGUUUUUCACGUAGGAUCGUAAAUCGUAAACAGAUAUUAUAAUAUAAGUAGGGGUACUUCAACAAUCUAAUUGUGGUUCAAGUAUAAAAUGAUGUUACAAUUAGAUUCAAUGGGGUUUCUGAUACCCUCGUCCCCCUAAAUGUCAAUACCUAUAGCCUCUGUAAUUACUAUAAACGCAGUUUACGAUUUUUCAACAGUCUUAAAUAUUCUAUGAAAAAUUGAUUAAUUUUUUUCAAGUCAAACGGUUUGCAAAAGAUUGCAAAAUUACCGCUUCCCCCCCCUCAUUUAAUUUAUUUGGUGACGCCACCGAUAGAUGUUUACUAUAGAUACAACUUUCGUUGGUAAAAAUACAAAUUAUACUAAGGUCAUGAAAAUCAUGGGAGUUUUAAUUUUACCAACGGAAAUAAUACCAUAUUAUACCAGACGUCUGCCGAAUAGUAGUAAACGAUUGUAUAUAUUAUUCGUCUCAAAUAUCGGUGGUUUCCUGGGGGAAUAAAAAAUAAAAAUUGCAAACGAAUAUUGCGAACGGAUUUUAUACGUGAAAACGGACCCCGUCAGUGGCUGCCACUCCGUAGAAAAACGAGAAAUGUUACAAUAAAACAAUAAUUAGGACAAGCCUUGGUUCGACAAAACUGAUAAUCGACGUACGGUUCCGUUAGAAAUGCGUAACGAAUUUCAAUAAAAAAAAAACAAUUACACGUGAUGAACAAACAAAUAUAGGUACCCCCCUCCUUCCCUACCCCGUUAUGACAUUAAUAUUAUCGUUUCGGAAUUAUAAUAUUAAUCGCGUAAUAUUUAUUCGAAAAAUUUACGUAAAGUCCAAACAAACCGGACGCGACGCAGUUUCGAAAGCGAAAAACAGCGCGAGACAGACGGCCGACGCGGUGCAACACCGGUGUAGUGGCGACGGCAGCCGUCGUCCUAACUAAACGGCGGGGCGGCGUGAGUUUGGCGUGCGUGCGAGCGGCGGCGACGACGACAACGACGACGACGACGACGACGACGACGCCGACGACCACCACCACCACCACCACUACCACCGCCACCACCACCACUACCACCGCCGCCACCACCGCCACCACUCUCACUAUGAAAUUAUUCCGUUUUCUUUUUGCCGCCGCCGCCGCAACAACUGCACGUCAGCUUGCUACCGGCGACGCGCGACGGUGACCCACGACGAAUGGCCGCACGCCGCCGCCGCCGCCGCCGUCGAACGGACGAGUAGAAAUAAACAAUAAUUAUUAUUACCAUAGUUGUUGAAAAUUUUACCAGUACAACAAUAAUUAGGGCCCGGAAACAUAUUAUGCGCUAAAAACGUGCACGGGAACACGCGUGCAUAUUUUAUGCAUUUACGUACGUUCGAACACACGCGGUGAAAAUGUGUUAAAUGCGCGUCGACGAAAAUACGGUCGCGUUAGUUAAAUUUACUCGGUUUAAAAACGUAUUAAAAAAAAAAAAAAUCCUACUCGAAUAUUUUUUUCUCGAUUCAAAAACUCAUUUACGAACGACGAACGGUUUUACUUUUGCCGUUUCAAUACGAAACUGCACGAACACACUGUCGCCAAGUUUUCAUUAUCCUUGCGGUACAGUACGACGAACAUUAUUUGAUUUUAUGGCAGCGAGCUCUAUCUCGUUUAAACGAUUAUCAAUUGGCCGAUAGGUCGACGAGUCGAUAUUAUAAUACGCUGGGUAAAUACAAAUUUAAAAAUGAUCGAAAUGUGAAUAAUAUAACAUCCUUGACCAGUAUCAUUAAAUAAAUACAAUUUUUUUCCCGAUACGCAAUAUAUUUUUGAAAAUGCUAAAAUAUACAAGAAUAUGCAAAAUUAAAUUGUGCAUAUACAAACAUAUUGUAGGUCACGAUUCAAAUGUGUGACUCACCUGGCCAAUUUUUAAUGUAACAAAUAAAAAAGUGCAAAUGCAUUCAAAUUCCGGGCCUUAAUGUUAAUAGUGUUAACUUAUUUCGGACAACAAAAAUACACGCGCGUUUUGGCGAUGCAUUUUUCGGUAAACGGUUUAGCUCUCUCUCUGCGUUGUUUGUUAUUCGGUCGCAACAUCGCCGAAACGUUUUGUUUACCGUACCGUUGGUCGUAUUUUACCAACGGACCAGUAACCAGAGUAACCGAAGACGAUAAACGUAGUUUUAGAUUUCUAAACGUCAGUUCAGAAUAAUGCCUUGUGUCUCAGUUAUGACCGUCCGACUGUAUGGUUACUAUACAGAACGCAAUAGUUACGGUUGUUGAUUCGGUUGACAAGGACAAUAAUAUAUUAUAAAAUUAUCGUUAUUAGUUUAUUUAAAUACGAGUAGGUAUUAAAUAUUAUAAAUUCAUACUAAGCCAAUAUUAAAAAAAAAAAAAAAAAAAAAAAAGAAUUUUAAUAAAUACGACCUGUCAACUAUUUACGAAUUGAAACAUUUAAUUUAUUUUGGUUUCGUGCACACGUAAGUACACUAUACUGGGUUAUCAAGUUUUUCAAAAUCGUAAAUGGAAUUAUAGUUUAUUGUUUAAAAUACGUUUAGAAACCGGAAACUUUUCAAGGUCGCAUUGUGGGCUUCCGAAUUUGUUGAGCGUUUGCGCGAUGCAUUUUUGAGCAACCUGUAAAUGAUUGAACGAACAAACUGCAAAUUUUUACUAACCGAAUACGUUUAUCGACAACCAAGUUGCCGGAAUCGGCGAACAAUUAAAAAUUACGUUUACUGUCUUCAAAUACUUGUUAUCCAUUGAAAAAAUACUGUGGUACAACAGUAAACAGGACGUUUUGACGAUAUUGCAACUGAGUAGCAAACAAUGCGGCCAACUGUGUACCGAAAACUGCAUCGUCAAAAAAACACGCCUCUUGUUUGCUAAUUCCGAAAAGUGCAUUCAAUUACCAAACAAUAGGCGUGUUUUGGCAAAGCAACUUUCAGUAAACAGUUUACUGGGUUGUUUGCUACUUGGUCGAUUACUCGCCAAAACGUUUUGUUUACUGUACAGCGGUAUUUUUUGUUAUAGAAAACGGAUAAAAUUAUUGGAUGAUAGUCCUUAUCAGUAGUAACCGAAAACAGUAAAUUUUCAAUUGUUUGCCGACUCCGGCUAGAUGGAUGCCGAAAAGUUCAUUCAGCUAUCAAAGAAAUUACAAUAAACUAUGACGCCAAAACGGACGUAGGCCAUUCGGCUUCCGUUUUACAAAAAGGUCAAUUCCCAAACGGCUCCCGUAUUACAAAAAGGAAAACUCCCAAACGGCUCCGGUUUUUUACAAUACAAAUUCACGAAUACACAAAAUGUUCUAUAUCCAUAUCGCAUAUCCGUUUACAUUUAGUAAACAAAAUUGAUACAAUUCGAUAAACUAGAUAAAAUUCGUUCAAAAAUAAUCCAUAUAGGCAUAUAACGAGGCAUUAUAAUGUUUGAAACGUAAAAUCUAAACGCCAAUAAUUUUAAUAGAUACAACAGAACUUGUUAUCGUAAAAAGUAAGAUAUGACACGAACGUUUUCUACGUCGAAUCUGUACUUAUUUUGUUACGAGAAAUGUACGCGAAGUACCGAAUACCGGAGCCGUUUGGAAACUUACCCACUCGUACAAACCAUUUUCGACGGAAAUCGUUUGGAAAAAAAAACAAAAAAUGAACAGGAGGGGUUUGGGUUGCGCCGGCUAAAACAAUUUGUUCACUAGAUUGAGAUUGCUCAAAACCGCAUCGCCAAAAUACGCCUAAUAAUAUCAAAACAAUUAGUUCGGAAAACGAGUAAAUAACCUUAUAAAAUAACCUGCAAGUUGCCUAUUAAUAGAAGGAAAUCUGUGUCUCCCUGUUUGCUUGUUUAUUUGUCAGGGCAUAUAGCAGAAUCAAUUGCGAGAAGAGAUUUGGAAAUUUAAAUACAAAUGAGGAUGUGAAAGGGUCAGUUAUGCACAUACCCUUAAGGCCGGAUUUACGAAUUCAACACCCACCGGGGUGGCUGACGCAGGGAUUUAGUAUUUUUAAAACGAAAAUUGAAUUUUCUUUUUUGGUUUAUACAUGUUACUUUAAAAACACCGAUGAGAAAAAAAACAAUUAUUAUUAUUAGUUAAUUUGGCUGUCACAGGCAAAAGAGUACUUAACCCAUUAAAAAUAUCAGUCAACAACAUUUAACUGUGACUUGGGUGUGAAAGGGUGUUGGAAACAUCAAGUCGCCUGAGAAACACGAAGAGGGAGAUACGUUUUUAUUUGUUGUCUACCAUAUCAAUUUAACAAUAAUAUUUUUUGUUCAUUACUUGUACGAUUAAAAAUUAUUAUUGUAACAUAGUUACAAGAAGUCAUUCAAAAAGAAUAUUAUUAAUGGCGUACGUAUUUGUGUUAAUUUUGAACUUGAAUUUAAAAAACAAUAUUGUUGUAAAUUAAUUUGCGAAAUAUCAUGUAUUAUAUUUUUGUUUUGUUUUAUCGCGGCAGUGUUUACGUCAAAAAUAUAUUUUUAAAUUAAAAACAUUUACUGAUAACAAUAAUUUUAUUUUAGGUUAAGGUUGCACAGAAAUUGGUUUCUAUAAAACGUUUCUAACAUAGAUAUAUUAGUUUAUUUAUACAGUUUUAUGUAAUUAAAACAACAUAUAUAUAUAUAUAUAUAUAUAAAUACCGGUUACAGACUCAAUCGGAAAAUUUCAUCAUAAUCAUCAACAAUACCUAAAAAUAAUACUAAUUCUAUACAAAAUAACCAAUGUAUUAAUUAUAAAAUAUUUGAAUAAGAGUACCUCCCAAAAUUUAUUCUGUGAUGUUCAAUAAAAAAAUGAACGAUAGUAUGCAUUCCAAAACGCAUUCAAACGUUCAGAAAUUCAACUCUGUCAACUAAAUUGCUAUAGGUGUGUAACCGAUUUUUCUGAUUCAUAUGUUUUACAUAUUAGUUCUCAUUUGCUGUGAUUUGAAUUUAAACCAGAGAUACGUGCCAAUUGUAUUUGAUAAUAUAUAGCAAAUUUCGCAAUCAUAAUAUUAUAUCCCAUCAUAUCCAAUGCAAUUUAAUAAUUUUGAUAUUCAACAACCUUCUAACUAAUCCAUCGUUUAGUUUAGAUUUUUGAAAACAAGGUAAGUAUAAUGUGCUUACUUAUACAUAUUUAAAUUUUAUCUAACCUAUCAAUACCUAGCAACGAAUUAAUGAAUAUAAUUUUAUAAGUAUAAUAUACAUAUAGUUAUAUUGUGUUUAGCAAUUUUAAAAAUCGUAAACAUUUUUUUCCAUUGAGAAAUUGUUACUAUUUAGAAGUGGCAAUAAAAAACCAUAUAAACUAUCGUAAAUUGGAUUUAAAGUAAAAUUAUUUUCAGUUAAAAAAAAAAAAUCAAAGCACAAGACUCUAAUCAUUAUUACAAAAAAAAAAAUAUAUAUAUAUAUAUUAAACUUCUGAACAAAACAAAAGUUAUUGCCUUUUUUGUCUGAUCUCCGCGGGACACCUUUCAAACUCAACCAUCACUACAACAUUGGCCUGCCUAUGGUGCAAAAUACGUCCGGCUUUCCUUUUUUUUUUUUUUUAAUUAUAGCCAAUUACUUAAUUAAAAAAUAAUACUGAUAUUGAUCGAAAUUGAACGCGAUUAACGUAGUAAACACCAUAACUGGCAAAUGCAGACUAACAGAAUGAUGUUAUUAUCAAUCAGCCAAUUAACAAAGUCGAAAUAAAAUUAUUAAAAUAUAGAUAAUUGUUAUUCGUUAAAUUUUAAUGAAAGAAUGUACGGGUACAUUGUAUAUAAUAAUAUAGCUGAACAAGAAUAAUAAUAAAAAAAAAAAAAAAAAAACAAGUUGGUAUCUAUCUAUAAUAAAAUUAUAAAAGUAAAAGUAACAUAAAUAUGCAAUAGGUAUUUCGUAUUCCUAUAUAAUAUACAUACGCAUAGUAUUUAUCGUACUUAAAAAUUCUAAAUGAAACUAUCAAAGAUAUAAUAUCGGAAAACGAAUAAUCCACCGGUAUUUGCACAUUUUUUAAAAAUCUUAAUUCAAAUAUUUAGCAUAAUUUAAAAUAUAAUAAGAUACAUUAUAAUGAGUUGGUUUAAAUAGGUACCUAAUUCAUAAUGCUCCGACGACAUUUUCAGUAUUGUUUUAAUGGAAAUAUUUCGCGGUUUAUUUAGAUUUGUGAUCACACCGCGAUUUCGAAUCCUUUUACAAAACGUAUUGUAUAGAAAAACGGUUCAAGGGAUAAAAUAUUAUGUGAAAAACGAUUAUAAAGAACCACAAAAGGGUAGGUAUAAUAUAAAUAUUGUCAGAGGUUUUUUUUUUUUUUACUCUCCAAGUUUAUAACCGGCUAAUAGUAAAGGCACGGGUGAAAUAUGCGACGACUUCACGAGACCGCGGGUUUUACGACCCCUGACGACUAAACAAUCCCUCACUUAAAAAAAAAAUAUAGAUAUAUUAUGUAUACAGUAUACGAGUAUAUCCUAAAAACACGAGCAAACAAUACGUAAACACUGACUCGUAUUGUAUAUUUUCAUUGAUUUGUGAACGGCUAAUCAUAUUUUUUGUCUAAUAAAACACAAAAUAACGAUACAUAGAUACAAACCCUAACCUCUAUUCGUAUAAACAAGAAUAAUACAUACACAUUCCAUAAGUCGCACUGCACCCCGUGUAUGCAAAGGGGAAUAAAUUAUAAUAAAACGACCUAUGUAAAAGGCGUAUUUAAUACGAAAUUUUCGGGGAAAAAAAAAAAAAAUGAAAACAUCAUAUUUACUCGAAAUACAUUAUCACAAUUAUUAUUAUUGUAUAAAUCGUUUUCCGGGGACGGUGGAGUACCUAAUGUUCGUGAAAAAUCGGAUUUUAUCAUAAUACAGACUACGGAAGAAAAAUUAUCUGGGUUCUCUCGGAUGUUCCAACCCCCCCCCCCUCUUCUCUCAUAAUCAUAUAUAGCGAUAGUUAUACCUUUUACUUUUUUGAAAACAUAAUAACCGUCACGUGAUGUGUUUUAUCUAGUAAAAAAAUCCCUAAUAAAGCACAGAAAAUAUUAUAAAUUGUGUGAAAAGUCAAUGUAUUUACGUCAAUAUUAUAUAAGUUUGAUCUUAACAAAGUUGACAUAAUAAUUAUGCCAGCGUAAAAUAAACUAUUAAAUAAAUAAUUGAAGAAAACAAUCUCCGGAUUACAAGUAAACUUUGUUGAUAAAAUAUUAAACGACCGAGAAAAAAAAAAAUUAAUUUUAAAAUUAAUUACUUUGAUACUUAAAAUAAUUAAUUUACGUUAGUAUAGGUAUAUGCAAUGUUUGGAAAUAAUGCAUUCACUGAAUUCGUGAAUGCAAUUACCUACAUUUUUAAUGAAUAGUGAAUGCGAAUUAAUUUAUUUUAUGUAGGAAUCUGAACGCCGCAAUGAUAGAAUUCCGAAAACAAAAAUAUAAUAAAAAGUUUUAAUUUUAAUUUUUAUACUUUCAAUAUUUUGACUAACGAUUAAUGGAAAUUUUGAUGACUGUGAAAUGCAAUCAUUAUGACAAUAAUUAGGAAUGCAUUACUGAGUGUCAAUGGAAAGGUAUUUCUGUUUAAAACAAAUUUUUAUCAACAAUGAAUGACAUUUAAAGUAAUGAUGUCAACAAGCGAAAUGUAAUUUUUUAAUAUUUUUUUUUCAGUGCGAUUUUAUGGCUAAUUAGUAAACGGGUAUUUGGUUCCUAGAUAAUAUUCAUCAAGGGAGCACCAUUUGGGGGGUUUAAACGCUAACCUCUAUCAACUACACACAAAUUUCAUAAUUUUUUAGAAGUAAUUCUUUUCAUAUUACAAUUAAAACUGUUUUAACUAUAUAACCCCACUUUGUUGUCUUAUUUAUUUAUUUACAAAUAUCUUGAGUUUUCAUCAUAAUAAUAAUAAUAAUAUCAACAAACAAGAAUUUGCAUCGUACCUUUAUAUUGUUACUUAUUAGUAGGCUUGGGACUUUCAGUAUUUAUUUAUUUUGUUGGUUUAAAAUAUUAAAUCUAACAGAGUGCUACGGAAAUAUGACAUGUUACGAGUUCAAAUAUGAAAUAUUGAAAUGUUAAUUAUUAAUAUAUGUUAUGUCUUACUUCGGUUUUUUUUUUUUUUUUACUUUAAAUUCGUUAAGUCCCGAACCUUGUUUAUAAUAGUUAUAUUAUAUACUUAUAUGCAAAUUAAAUUCACAUAAUAUAAUCAAUUCACGUCUUAAAAGCAUAACGUAGGUAUAAAAUUCAGUUUCCCAAAGUUAUAUUAUUAUACAAUAUAAUAUAACGCUUCCGAAAAAUCAACGAUUUAUACGUUUCGAAAAUGGAUAAAAAAAAAAAGGGUUGUUAUUUCACACCAUAUGAAGAAAAAAAAGUACAUGAAAACACAUAACGAACAAAAACAUUUAAGAAAAAAAAAAAAAUGCGCCAGAACGCUCGCAGCGUUUCUCCCUUACACAAAAAGUGAAAAUAAAUCGUUUAAAACACAAUUACAAACCGAAUUAUUAUAGACGAGAACAACAAUAAAACUAAAAAAAAAUUAACACUUGAUUAUGUCUAGUUCGCAAAUAAAAAAAUAAUAAUAAUUACCUAUUUGCGUAAAAAAUGUAUUAGUUAUUUUUACACGUUAAAAGUUGUUGUUUUUUUUUUUUAAUGUGGGUAACAUAAAUUAAAAAGAUCAAAUAAAAAAAAAAAAAAAACUGACCAACCGAUAUUCUAAAAUACAUAUUUACAUAAGGAUAUAGGUUAAGAUAAAAUAUGUUAACAUUGUAUUAUUAUGAUAUUAUUCACGUUUAAAAUUUACAGAAAAAUAUUUCAAUGUCGAUAAUACACUGCCGCCGUCGUUCAAUGUCCAAUACAAGGAUUAAAAUUUACAACAAUCAUUAUACACAGUGUGCAAUAAUUGUUUAUUACUAUCACAGGGCCUGGACAACGAUUAGAACUAACGCGGUCAGUGUGUACAGAGUGUUCGGCAUAUCGUACAGAGCAACCACACAAAUAAUUUCUCUUGGGCUACAGCACCAGCCCGCCUACCGACAAAACGACAGACUUUAAAACGUGGAUAACAUCUCGUAGACGGAAAUCACCAAUUUCAACACCGGAUUGCGUCCAGACUACUUAUACAAUUUGCAAUAUGGGUAAUUGCUACUUGAAAAUUAAAAACGACUAGCGAUGGUUUCACGUCUAAAAAUAAGGAUGACAAAAAAUUACACUAGGCAAUAAUGCGACAAAGUGCGAAAAAAUGUAAUACGAUAUACGUUCCGAGAUAAUGAGUGUUUUAUGUUAUGUUGGUCACCCUGUAUAUUAAUACGCAUCAACACUCGUGGCGCGUCAUAUUAUAGACACAAGAGUACCUAAUUUAAUAAUUAUCGCUGGUAUUAUUGAAGAUUAUACCGGCGCGGAAAAUCUACGGAAAAUUCUCGGGCUAGUGAAGUAAUAUGAAUAAGGACAAGGGGACUUCCUUCCGAAAACAGGAUUACACGUUGGAUAUAAUCCGGAAUACUCCGCUAGUACGGUGGGCGGCUGCAUCAGAGUUCCGUCCUGAAUGUAAAAUUCGAAUUUAAGGAUAUACUAGUUCCGUCCAGGGUUUUUAAAAUGGAUAUACUAAUUCCGUCCCGUGUAAUUUAUUUAAUCGCACGAGUUCCGUCCCGUUUUGUAUUUUCCACAUUAUAUCAAAUAGGGAGCCGGUUGAAACGCCGACAGUCAAAAUAUCGACAAGUUAAAAUGCCGACAGGUCCAAUACGUCGAGAAAUUAAAAUAAAAUAAAUAUAUUAAUUAUGCGAAUAAAAAAAAAAAUAUAUUAUACAUUUAUACAUAAAUAUAUGAAUUAUAUAGAUAAAACAAAUAUGAUUGCAUAUAAAUUAUAAACAAAAAUAAAAUGUAUGAACCAUGAAAUGAAAUAAAAUUAUAAUGUCAUAUUGUGAGCGAUUCCUCUUAAAAACUCUAAUAACUGGAACGUUUCCGCGAUUUCGUAUUACGUUUUGGAUUCUGUCCUCUCGUUGUUCACUUUUCUUUUUUGAACGUGGACGAGGGGUACUCCACGAAGUAUUGACUCGAUCAUUAUUUCUGUAUUCUUUUAUUCUUUUUGUAAUUCUUUUAUUAAGUGGUAUACUCCUACGUGCGAUUCACCAACAAGACACUCUCAACACGUCGAUGCCAAACUUCGAUAUUAUUUUGUCUUCUUGGAAUAUUUUGAUUAAAAACAGAUCACAAUUCUGGUGAAAAUAAUGGUAAUUCUCAAACAAGGUUGUCAUUUCGUAGUGUUUUUCGAACUUGAUCAAGAACAUAAUUAUCAUCAAACCACAUUAUUAGACGUUCCGUGCCAGAUUCUAUUUCUAGUUGUUCUCUAAUUUCAGCAAAUGCCGCCAUCGGUAUUUCUUCUGGUGAUAAAAAAGCAAGAGCAAGGCAAAUGACGGGAAAUACUAUUUAUUUAUCGUUAUCCGUGUAUAUAAAGCUGCAUACGCCAUUGAGUGAGUAUACGGUACCCAAAAUGAAUACCGUUCACUUUAUACUUUUAUCCGUUCACAUAUCAACGUUAAAUUAUAAAUUUCGUUUUAUAUUUUUCGAUAUUUUGUACUUGUCGAUGUUUCGACCGUCGACAUUUUAACUUGUCGACGUUUCGUACCAGACCCAUAUUAAUAUAGCUUACAAUUUACGAUUACGGUAGCAAUUUUAUAUAAUUUAGAAAUAAGAAAAAAAGAUAAUAUUACUUUUGUUUAUCACGCUAAAUAAUCGAAUUUAAUAAUAUUGUAUUAUUUAGAAAUAAUGAUAAUAUUGCUUUCAGUUAUCGCGCUAAAUAAUCGAAUACUUUAAUAUUCUUUGAAUUUUUUCUGUAUUUUAAGAAAUAAGAAAAGAGAUAAGAAAAAUGUCUGCAUAAAUGAUUAUUAUUUUUUUUUUAUCUCAUAUAAAUUUGAUACAAUUACACAUUUUUAUUUAUGAAAGUAUAAACUAAGUUUGAAUUUUUUGUAUUUAACAUUUAUGUAUUUUUACAUUGAAAAGAACAUUUUUCAUCAGUACGGAAUUGGUAUAUACAUUUUUAAUAAUCGGGACGAAAUUGGUAUAAUAUCUUUUUUUUCACUCGGGACGGAAUUGGUAUAAAAAAUGGUUAUUGGGACGGAACUCGGAUGCAGCCCGCUGGGCAAACCACGCUCGACCAAGUCAGAAUGCACUGUGCGCCACUGUUGCAGGUGAGAGGUCGUCAAUUCGGAAGGUAGGAUAGUAAUGUAGUCGUUUUUACGAUUUUCAUUAAAAUUUUAAUUAUAACAAACUUUUACCGCCAAAUACAAUUUUUAUUCAUAGCAUCGUAUUAAAUUUCCAAACACUUUUGUUCGGCCGAACGAUUCACACAGAAACUACGAUACGUAUUAAUUAUUGAUAUGUAUGUGCGUAAUGAAUAACGACGGUAUUUUUUUUUAUAUUUUUCCGUUCAUCAUUCGGCAAUCAGCAUUCAUCUUUUUUUUUUUAUAUAUAUAUAUAUAUAUUAAAUUCAACGUAAAUAUAAUUCCAGUAGAAAAAAAUUAGGUAUCCUAUUUACCUGACCUCUGAGAGGCUUUUUAAGUGGGUGUUUUAUUAUUUUUUUUUUUUUCGAAAAACGGACGGUCAAAUACGAAUAAAAGACAGGCAACAGUUAAAAAAAAAAAAAAAAACCCAAAAUUUCACGGGAAGCAAUGUUAUUCGAGUGUGGCCCACACACUAAUAAUACCGGGUCGUCUACGAAAAGAUGGUCGCAAUAGUUGAUUGUUCCCGGCGAAGUGUCCGUUAUUCUGAUAAUAUGUUUAUCUAUUCUGCGCUGCUAUAUUAUAAUAUUUUCAUUUAAUGUCACCGAAUAAUCCGACUAUUAUUAUCGUGUGCGUGUCGCAUAUAAUGGUACAUUUAGUCCUAACCUAACCGUAAUAGUUAUUUUAUUAAAAUGAAAAAAAAUAAAAAAAUAAUAAAUAUAUAUUUGAUCAAAACGCGAAUCGGCCAGUGAAUACAUUUGCAAUAUACACACCCAGGGGGAGGGGGGGGCGUAUCUAUAAUGACGUGCCCCGAGUAAAUACCGUACACCGGAUGGGUAGGUACAUACUAUGGAUAUUUACCUGUAGGUUUAUUUACCCACUCGAAAUUUGGGUAAAUACUUUUUCUUCAAUCCGGUCUAGACAUAUAACUUCGAUGAGAAAAAAGAAAAACAGAGGAACACUGAUUGUAAUAAAUAUAAAAAUAUUAUAUUUGAAACUAAAAGUGAAGUUUGUUUUUACGAAUAAAGAUCGAGUUGCCGGUUUCAUGUUCAGAACGGAUUGUUCACUUAAAAUGAGUAUUGAAUUCAAAAUGAAUGAAAUUAACGAAAACUUUAUAAACAUUAUUAUUUAUUUACACUGAUAAUCGAACCGGAAAAAACCGUGGAAAAGUCAGAAGACGAUCAUAAUGGAGUAUUGCGGCAUCCGUGAAUUGGUGUUUGUAUUCAAAAUAAAUUAACCCAAAACAACAAUAUUUACCGGGUAAAUACCCAUCACUAGGCGUAGCCCCCAACGGCUCUGUGAAUGGAAUUGUUUGUAUCCGUCACCUGUGGAACAAAUGAUAAAAUAUACGCCACUGUACACAAAAAUAAACCCGGAUUUACUCUUACAAUUUUCAUUAUUGUGACCGGGGGUCAAGCGAACGUAUACGUACAGUGGUCACUCGGCAUUAAUACACUUUGUCGUGAAUUAUGAUAUUUCGCACACUAAAAUCUCUCUCGAAAAACAAAUAAUCCAAAAAAAUAGCGCCAUCAGCGUUGCGCGCGUAAUGUUCUUCAUUUGAAGUUUGAUAAUCGGUCAAUUCACUCGGAUAUUAAAACUAACGGCACAAUGUCGUUCCUGUUGAACGCAAAUGCGCACGUACGUUUGCGAGAUUUGUAACUUUUUAAACAAUCAAUAUUACAGGUUUUAAUCGAAACCGAUUUUAAGGGUCCAUUGGUUUGGGCACAAACGAGCCUAGUAAAUUGUUUAGACGUUCAGUGAUCGACACAGAUUUUUGUUCGGUCCUAAUUUGACACCGCAACAGAAAUGUCGUCUGUUGCCGAAACGGAGGAGCUCUAUAUUCUAGCUAUAGUGUGCGAUAAAAAAAAAAAAAAAAAAAAAAAAAAAAAAAUGAAAAUAGAAUAAAUAAAAAGAAGCGGUCAAAAAUACAAGAACGGUCGCGCGUAAAUAUAAUCGGUGAACAAUCUGGAGAACCAUACGGGACUCGGUGUACAGAUUAAUGUUCCGCACGCAGUUCUUCACGAGUACGCGACACGAACGUGCACGUCCCCACGUGCACAGUACCGUAUGAUAUCCGGAGACACGCAACAUUUCAUAGCGACUGGCCCCCGUAACAGUAUUUUUUUAUGAUACGAUAAUAUCGAUUCAAUACUUUACGUAAAUUCAAAACCGGUGCAACUGUCGUAACUACCGCAUCGCCUGCACUCGCACAGUCCAAAAUUUCGAACUGUGCAGCCGUACGGUUUUCAUUAAUACACAACACCGCAAGUUCGCGCAGAUUAACUGAGCGUGUAAGCCCACCGCCUUCGGAAAAAUACAGUCGGCAAAUACUUCCAUGGCACAGCGGCGUUAAGGUUUGGGGGAGGGGGGGGGGGAAAUUAUGGCGGCGCCGCCGUAUCGAAACAAUUUGUUAUUUUACCCGCGAAGAACCGUUCGUUCGCACAUUUUUCGACCGGGAAAUUUCGGAUCAUAAAGUAAGGUGGUCAGUUUGUUAACAAUUUUAGGAUUCCAUAUCCCGGCGAUCCGACGUGGUCUCUCGGUACACCGUUUCGAACUUGUACACAGCAAUUUAAAAUUAUUCUCAUAGUUCGUAUAACAUCUACACUGGGCAUAAUCGGCUUUAUUUCGAACAAAAACGAGCCGACAUUUUCUACGAUGACGACCUAUCAUUUGGACUGACGUGUUUGCUGAUUACGAAAACAUAUGGCCCGUGUUUCGCGGAACUGUAUAAUGAAAAAGUAACGGACAUACUUCGCACGGUUGGUGAGCCACUGUCGUACGGUGAGAAGUUGGUGAGGCGGCGGGGGGAAUUUAAUGCGUAUCCGUGCGUAACGCGUGUUACAACCGCCGCUAAUGAAAAACGAUUCUGAACGGAGUUCGGUUAAAUAGUGUUGCGCUGCCAACGGAUACGUCAUAUUAUGGUAAAACAAUUACGUAUAACAAACGCAUUACUUUUAACGGCAUUUGUUUAUUAUUGUACCCACGUUCCCGAUUUUUCCUACGUUUAACCCGGGUUCGCCGGAGAAAACCAACAGGCGCCGGACAGCAACGAGGCGCCCAGGGACGAACGAAAAAUUAAUUUGGCAAACGUGCCCUGUGUCUAUACAAUAUUUUGCGGUCCGGAUCCGAUCGAGAACGUGUACUUAUUUAUGUGAACACAAUUUGCAUAGUACAGGCGUGUAUAGCCUUGCGCUCGAUUGUCGCGACGAAAAGUCCACCCCGGACGACGCACAGCAUUUAAUAAUAUUGAAAAACUAUAGUGUAACGAUAUUACGACGAUAUUCUACACGUUUCGAAACGGGCGGUGAAAAACGCAAAGCGAAUCGCACGUCACGCGAUGGUGUGUCGACCGAGACGCGAAAAACAACGGGAAAAAACGCCGAAAAUUCUGUCACGUUGGGCGGGGGAAAAAAAAAUCGCCCCGUCGUCGUGCGUAUUCGGCGGAAUCGCUUGACCGGCGGGGAUCGCGCGAUACGCACGAGGAACGAAUCGCGGCAACCCGGACCGCGCACCGCGGGCGUAUCGGAAAUAUUUCGUCCGCGCACCCAUUAUCAGGUUCGAUUGAAAUUGUAAUCAUUGUACCCGGGGCACUCUAUUGCCUCUAGUCGUUUAAAAAAACCGCGCCGACCGCGGUUUCGUUUCCCUGGAGAUUCGGACCGCCGCGAAUUCCGAAACGCCGACAAGAGGCCCGCGCUCGGAACGGCCGGGGCUCUACGACAGCGGUGGUAUCGCGAAGGGCAAGUUUCGUUGACCGCGGAGUGUUGGCGGCGCUUAUCUCGCGGAUGUCGACCGAAAAUUUGUUUAUUUAUUCAUUCCUGUAAGGUCCUGCCCGUCUGUUAUAUUGUUCGGAACAACACGCAAACGUGCUGGAGAGCGGUUACACGUGAAACGAUCCGCGCGAAGAAGCCCCGCCCGUUUCGAAUUUUCGAUUUUUUUUUUUUUUAUUAUUAUUUAUUUACUUUAUAUUAACAAAAUUUGUAUAUUUCCAGAAACCCAAUUAGUCUCGACGAUCGCGACGCCCGUUUUCGGUACGGCCGUCUCGGGAGGGGAUUUCCCGGAACGGAUAAAAUCGGCGAAAUGUUCGUAAGAGCGUUUGUCAGAACGGAGUGGUAUCGCGCAGUUCUUCUUUUGCAGAAGAAUUUCGCUCCGUCGAGUACCCGUGGUCAGAGGCCAGGCCAUUGUUACGCAGUGGCACGAUCAGAAACGAAGGCAGGGACGGGGCGCGGUCAGCGUUAGUAUUUUUCUCGGGGAAAUAUAUUUUGGAAAAGUCCGAAUAAUUAUUACCGGUACGCAAUGUCGUCGGAACAGUAGGGGCGGCGCGUCGGACGUUACUACAGAAUUCCGACGACGGCGUUCUUCUGCGUACGCCAAUCGGCGGUACGGUCGCGCGCGCGAGAAUUGAUAAUGACAUACGAAUUUUCGAACGUUAGCAAACAACACGGCGGCGGCCGCGCUAACAACGAACACGGGCUAGGUGCCUACGCGACGCUAUUGCGCAUUACGCGGCGACGCGAACGGGAUAACGAAAAAACCGCGAGAAAACGGCCGAGCGGAACGGCGACGCCGCGGACCGUACGCUCGAAAGCAGCCGAAGUGCGUUUGAAUAAUUUCGCCGGAUUUGUAAUACAAUUGUGUAUUUGUUUUAAUCCGCGAGGUUUUUUUUUUUUUUUUGUUUUUUUUUUUCCCCCGUCAACGACGAUAAUAACCGCGCGCGACGACAAGCGGCGGUCAUGACGAAAUACCCGAACGAGAACGUGAAAUUCAAAUUCACGUACGCGGACGUUGGUAACGACCGGCGAUAUUUUUACCAUUAUCGAGCAGGAAAAAUAUAAAAAAAAAAAAAAAACCGUACGCGUCUUUCGUCCGCGAAUCGUAAAUAGGCAAUAGACGACGACGGGAAAAAUUAAAACCGCGCCGCAAACCUAUUUCACAGUGUUAUGGCGGUUGAUGGGGGGGGGGGGGGGAAACGGUUUGUUGUUUUAUUUUUUUAUUUCACAUACGAUCGCGCGUAGAAUCGUUUUGUCGACGAUACAGAAAUAAGUGCGCACACUCGAGAUAUCAUAGCGACGCGACUUCAAUAAUACCAUAGUAUACCGCGAGAACAAUAACACGAACGGCGGCGUACGCAAGGAGGGGGGAGGGGUUACAUCCUUCCCGCGACCCGUCGGCUCAGAAACACAGAAAAAAAAUAAUAAAUAAAUACGAUUAAUUUAAUAACACGUUUCGGCCGAGUCGCGAGGAAAACCACCGCCGGCGUAUUUUGAUCGGAAAUCGGCUUUUUUUUUUUUUUUUUUCCCCAGGACCCCGGGCUCUUUUAAAUUAUUACCGAGUCAUUCCCACAGCCGAGUCGGGUGGAGAACGGCGAUUCCUAUUUGCUACACGCGUCUCGCCCCAUUGAAAACGCUCGGACGCGCCACUGAACUACCGGCCAUACGAACCAUCCGUUUCUACGGAAAAACCCGCACCACCGUAUUUAUUAUUAAGUACCGAGUACCGUCGGGCCGCUCGCCCAGCUCAGCAUGGCGGGUACAGCGGGUACCGUUCGAGUGUCUGCCGCUCUCGAUACAUAUCGAAAAGUAUCGACUUUUUAACGCACAAAAAAAAAAAAAAAAUAUAUUAUACAAUUUAAGUAUUUAAGCGGGUGUAAACCGUCACUUUACCGUUGUUUUUCGGGAGGGGGAGGGGGUCGAAAACGCACGGUUUUCAAAACGCGACUAACAUCGAAAUUCCGUAAAUAUCGGCGUGAAUAAAUAAUUAAUACAUUUCGACACCCGCGAUAAUUAUUAUUAGCAGGGAUAUUAAGUAUGGGUCGGCGGGACACAGUGGCGGAACAUUAUUCGUGUGACCGCGACGGCACGGCACGCGGCGUUUCAAUAGUGUCCCCGUCCCCGAAAUUAAAAAUCUAAAAGCGCCGAAAUUGAUGCACAAGGAUAACGCGGACAGCGAAUAUUUCGAGCCGCUUAUUCGUUACACGCCGUCAAAAGUCGAAAAUCGUUUCGGAAAGAGCCCGACGCGUACGCGCGUAUUGCCGGAUGCGUAUAUCGGAGCGUAGAGCGAGACGCGGUUAAACGGAACACCCUGUAUCGAGUACUCGAGGUGUACUAGGCGACAAAACUGCUGCGCGUUAGUAGUAGAGACGGUAAUGGCAGUGGUAGUAAUAGUAGUAGUGGUAAUAGUUGUAGAGGUAGUAGUAGUAGGAGGUGGGGGCGGUGGAGGAGGUGGAAGAGGAGGCGGUCAAACAACAAAAUACGGUAUUGUAUGGAAAAAAAAAAAAUAAAAUAAAAAGGUACGUCGCGGCGAUACAUAUUAUAAAAUAACAACAACACACAUGUUUCUCGGCCAGAAUUUUCUCUUUCGAUCGCCUACGAUAACAAACGACGACGAUAACGGACGGACAUAAUCCUAUUCUCCCCGGCCCCGGUGGGUUCCCGCGGCGGCGAGUGCAGAACGCGCGGGCAAUAAAAUGAUUACCGCCGUUCGCGACUGACCCUCCGCGGGUUUACGCCGGACAAGAAAACAAAAUAAUUUAAUAUCAGUAAUAGAAACCGCGCCGCUUUCGUUUCGUUACGGUGCGGUUCGACCGGUAACCGGAUCGGCCGCCGAUGUAACGAUAAUAGAACCGUUGUUUGACGUUUUUUUUUGUCCCUUUUCGCAUGUCGUAUAAACGCGAACAAUAAUCCCACAUAAUACGGCUGCCCCCACAAUCCCCCCCCUUCCCCCCCCCCGGUCCGGAGAGCGUUUCGGCGUUAAUUAACAACGAGGGGAACCGCCGGCGGCUGCGGGCGCGCGCUCUGAUGACACUCGGGAAUCGCGACAAAACCUAAAAAACCGGACGGUAAAUUCGAAGACGGCGACGCGACACGCGACGAGAACGGACGACGGAUGUACGUGUGUGCGUCGUACGGAGUAUGUUUUUUUUUUUUUGGAGGGGAGGGAUCUCAACCGGAAACCGUGACCAACGGAAAACGAUUCUGAGCGGGCAUUCCAUCAGUUUUUUGUCCCUCGUCAGCAAACCGGUGUUGCCGCGUACGAACCGCGGAACAACGAACGACCUCCCCGACGCACCGAUCGGAUCGAAAAAAAAUUCUACGAGAAAAUUGGCGUACAGUUUUCGACCGUCGGAGAUUUCCGAUUGAAAUGUUUUUUAUUAUUUUUCUUUAUCACAGACGCACGCAAAAUAAUAAAGAAAACACGUACACGCACACGUCGCAUGUGCCGGGAUAAAACCGAUACACUCCGGUUUACUCGGGGAAUCGAAAACGGAAAAAUACGGAAUAAUAAUAACCCGGGGACGUCCACGAAGAAAAAAAAAAAACCGUCGGCAGUGCACGGUAAGUAUAGCCGUCGGAACGAAACGCUUUUCUACGGACGGGUAAAACGAUCGUGUUUAAAUGCCGCGCAGCAACACGCGGCCGCGACACUACAGACGGACGCGAGUCGUACGCGCCGUGUGCCGCGGCGGCACCGAGAGAGCCCCGACGACGAUUAUGACGUUAUCGGCCGUAGAGAUCUCGGCUUACUCAGCUGUGGGCCGGCGGCGGCCACAGUGGCGGGGGAUCGGCGGCGUUGUUGUUUGCAACGGGCGCGCGCUCAGUGGGCCCCAAACCGAGCGGCGGCGCGCGCCAGCGGCCAAGUGCGCCACACGACGGCGGCAACACGCCAACCGACGACGGCGUUUUCGUCACCGCCGCCGUCGUGCCCCACAAAAACGUGUCAGCUCCCGUGGUCGAUCGUCGGUUACCACUACGGAAAUAAUCGGGCCCGUCCGUGUGUUCGACCACCCGACACACACUCUCGUAUACGGAUAGAUGUUCUUUUAUCGUCGGUUUUUUACUACUCCUGUUCUCGGUUUCAUACGGGACCCGACCACGUGAACGCGAGAGCGGCAGCCGGGCGCGCGCGCUCCGUUCGUAAAAUACGUUCGACGGACGCGAUUUACUCGACACGAAACGCCGCUGCGUUAUUAUUAAAUAACAACAAUAAUAAAAUUAAAAAAAUUCGUCACGAUCGCCCGGAACCGCGGACACUCGUGGACCGGCCGGCUGGGAGGGGGAAGGGGGGGGAGGAGGGAGCCGGUGGCCCGUGAAAAAUAAAAAUAAAAUACUCACCAUCCAUCAUAGAAGCGUUGUUUUCGGCACGUUUUGUUGUUUCCGAUGGUCGACUGGUAUAAUGUGCGCGGCGAAAAUUCCAUUUGCGGCGACGACAACGAACGACGCAGAACAGCUCAUAACCGAACGCGUACACCGUCGAAUGCGGACUGACGA